AUGUCUAUGGACAAAGACUUCCAGGUGCGCACGCGGCUGGAGAAAGCCCAAACAACCAAGACCCGGGACGCAGAUGCCGGCAGCACAGCUCCGUGUGCCUCAACUUCUUGGACCCAGGAGCGCACCUCGACGGCUUCCAAGCAGGUGAGAGAAAUGGCCAAGCUCGGCGCAGAGCUCCGGACCGAGGACUGGUCACUGAAACACUACAGGACGUUCUCCCGCCGCUUCCCCGACUCCUCUGGAAAGACGGCCUCGAUCGGGCCGUGCUGA